GUUUCCUCAGCAGCUCAGCUCGUCGGUGGCGCAGUCUAACCCAGUGGCAGCCUUGACAGGGUUAAUUGGACACAGUUGCUAGGAGUGGAUAAUUACAGAAAGGGAUCGAUACCACUGGCUCCUGCUGGAGACCGUCCCUGACGCAGAAGGAUUGAAGCACAGUUCACUUCUUGCCCGUCGCAGAGGAAAGAAAGGCAGGCGGUGGGCUCCUAUAUAAGACUACUUAAGUUGGGCUACAGAGGUUGAUCACAAAGAAAACGACCUGGGGAAGAACGCAGGGUAGGAUACUGAAACUGGCAUGGAAUCAAGGCGUUGCACGAAGAUACGGAGAUCCCAGAGACUCGUUCAGAAACUGUGAACAAUAACUGCAGGAAGAAAAACGAGGGGGUUCAGAGCAGCAUGUCUGUGCCACGACGAGGAAAGAACAACGCUAAACGUGUAAGACCCGCUCCAAGGCAUCCCUCAGCAUUGUUGCAGAUCGCCGCAGAUUCUGUGUGCAGCUCAAGUAUUAACACAAAUUUUAUGCAGCACUGUUGUGAUUUUGACGGUUUAUCUCAAACAAGACUGGAAAGUUCCAAUAUGUUUAUUCGGGACAUAUAAGGGCGAUGACGAUCGGGCUACAGUAAUUGCAAAGGAAAUGGAAUUGCUGUAUAUGCACACAUGAGUCGAUGAGAGAGAGAGAGAAAAAACUAUAAAAAAGACAAAAACAACUUUAAACCAGGAUUUGUUUUUAAAGAGGAGUGCGAAUGAAUGGCGGCGACACAUUACCUGAUCUGAGCGGAUCUGCUUGCUGCGUGGAUAACUUGCCACUGUCUGGUUGAUACUGUUGGGGGGGUUCUUUGGGAUCGUGGCACCUAAAGGAUUACCCCACCGGGUUCUGGUGAGAAUGCAAGCCGGCUUGAGAGCACUGUUUGCGGGCACCGGAGCUUCUCUCUGCUGCCUGUUCCUCCUCUGGGUCAUCUACUCGCAUUUACUAAAAGAAGGUCAAUUAGCAGUGGGGACAUGUGAAAUCGUCACUCUGAACAGAGAUAGCAGUCAACCAAGGAGGAUGAUAGCCAGGCAAACAGCGCGGUGUGCCUGCAGGAGAGGACAGAUUGCUGGGACUACUCGGGCGAGGCCAGCCUGCGUCGACGCUCGGAUAGUAAAGAACAAGCAGUGGUGUGAGAUGGCGCCCUGUUCAGAAGGUGAACUCUGCGGUUUACUAUUGAACCGGUCGGGGUGGACGUGCUCCAAAGGAGGGGGCCGGAUAAAGACAGUGACAGUUUCCUGACAGCCAUAGAAAAGAAGCCAUCAUUACCAGGCAGCAUCUCGUCUCCAGUACCUCAAUUCCAAUCCACUACAGUGGAGAGCACCAUCUGUUGACUGUCACUUGGUUACAUUCAUGUCACAUUGAGCUAAAGCCGUUGCUGCUGCGGCAUUUAGACUAUAAUUCCUAGGCAAACACUUCCCAAAGCCUCAACUGCCAGCAGACUCCCAACGAUAUUGGCCACGGCUUCUUUUUUUUUUUUUCUUUUUUUGGCUGCAGACUUUACACAGGGGAAAAAAAAACUAAAAUAACCCGGAUUAGAAAGACUUGAUUUACAUCAGGGCUUUGAGGCAAGCAUCUGUGUCAGAUUCAGAGGAUGUGCUUUAUACACUUUUGUUAAGUUUUGUGUUUCAAAAAGAAAUUAUAGCUACAGACGUAUAUUCACAGUUUUAUUUCAAAAUAAUGACACAUGACCAAAGUGAAAGAAUUGCCAUUUAGAAGAGUGGCAUCCUUUAGUAAGCUUGUCAUAUUUCUAAUUGAAUAUAUGUGAUAUUAACAGCACAGGGAUAUAAGCACCACAGACUGGCUCAGUUAAUAUUCCUUGCAAUAUGGGGACACAGAUACUGGGAAUUAGAACAGCUUUAAUUACCCUGAAGAAUUGAACCGCACAGGAACAGAGAACAAUUAUAACAAAACUGCUUCAUACAGGCAUGGAGGCCUGGAGGCCCUUUACCAUCGUUGUAUUCAUUCACAAUGCCCCCCCCCCCCCCCCCACAUUAUAUCAUCAGGGUAUUCAAAACAAACAUGUGCACGUACACACUAGUUUCAUGAUGUCAGUGCUAUUGUAGGUGAUAAGAUAACCUGUAAAACUAGGGCAGGGGUUUAAAAAAAAAUGACCGCCAGAAAAACUCAAAUGAAUAAAUAAAUGCAAAUAAACUUUCCCAUUUGAGACCUGCUACACUGCUGGGAUGGGAGGAGGGUUCCCGGCAGAUAUUACAGUUGUUUACAGACACCUUGUAAUGAAGACUCAUCUAAACCCCCUGUUUAAGAGACGGUCGUCACAUUUCAAAAUCGCACGCAGCUGUCAGGAGUCUCCGUGAUGGAUUGCAACGAGACAACAUUCAUAAAGGAGAAAGACUCUGCAAGACCCCUACAAAUACUAGUUAAUGGGACAGCAAAGUCAGUUUCAGUGUAUAACUUAGGUCUUAUGUGGCCUCUGUGUUGCACUGAGGUGUCGUGGUUUUAUUUUAAGCUAGUGCACAGUAUUGAGCUAGGGUGCGCUGCUUAAGAUUUUUUGUUCGGGGGUCUUUUAAGUCUGUGGUUUUGUUCUGGAAAGAAGAAAGAAAAGAAAGAAGAAAAAACACUGUGGCAGUUUUUAUUACAAAAUAUCCCUGGUUUCCAGGUGAUUACAAGGGUGCAGUGAAAUUGUGUAUGUUCAGGGAACCAACAACUGUCAUUGCACAUUAACAAGCUGGAGCACAUCUGUUCUGGUGAUUUGCACACCACAGCUAGACCGUACACGACAGAAAUGAAAGGAUUUUUUAAUUGAUGUAUACUUUAGAACCGAUGAGACAGAGGUACCAUAGUGAUUAUUAUAACCAUUGUUGUGGCAUUGGAGUGUCACAGCUUUCACUCCACAGAUGCAAUGCUGGUCUGUGGUACACACAGCUUUCACUCCACAGAUGCAAUGCUGGUCUGUGGUACACAGAGCUUUCACUCCACAGAUGCAAUGCUGGUCUGUGGUACACACAGCUUUCACUCCACAGAUGCAAUGCUGGUCUGUGGUACACAGAGCUUUCACUCCACAGAUGCAAUGCUGGUCUGUGGUACACACAGCUUUCACUCUACAGAUGCAAUUCUGGUCUGUGGUACACACAGCUUUCACUCCACAGAUGCAAUGCUGGUCUGUGGUACACAGAGCUGUUGUGAAAUUUCCAAACAUUUUUUUUUCAAUUGGUGUUAAAAAACAAACAAACAAAAAAGACAACAUUGCAAGAAUCCUGUUAAUGAUCCGUCAGUUACUAUAUAUGAGGUUGUCAUUAAAACUGAUGACUUAUACUGUAUAACAGCAGUUUGUUCCACAGUCAUUUUAGUGACACACUACAUGAAUUGCAAGGUUUUUGUUUGCCUUAGUUAUAAACACCACAUUGCUAUCGCUUGUCGUUUCUCAUUGUUCUAGCAUCACCUGUAGCACGUUUAAAUAUCUGUUAACAAUUAUUUAUACUGGAUCUGCAAUUUAAAGUGUUAUCAGUCUCACAACAUCUCUAAUUAUAUACACUCAAUACUGUUAUGUGCUGUAAAAAUGCAGUAUAAAAUCCAGGGGAUCACAAAAUCUUAUUAGAAUUUGUUGUCCAAUUAUUCCAGUAAAAUUCACUUGAUGGAAAUGUUAUUCUGAGUCUGAUGACAGUAAUGGAAUGAGCUGCGUAUGUUUUCAAAAGCACUUUGUAUGAGCAGCAAUGGCACCGACCAGUAAGUGUGCAGCUGUUCCAAUGAAGUCCAGCCUAAAAAUAACCCAUUUAAACCUGUUCAGCUGGCUAAUGAUGUCAACAGGAAAGUCAUUGUGAUAGAAACAUGUGCAGAACGGGAGCCAUUUAAAGUUGAAAGUAAUGCAAUGCAAUUACCUGAGAUGAGUGACACAGAGAAGUGCUAAAAGAGUGAGAGGGAGAGCGGACGAGAAAAGGAUCAUUUUGGAGAGAAGUUUCCCAAAAGGCACGUUAACCUGUCAAGAGAUUCAAAUUGAUUUGUCAAGCGAAUGUAAAUUAGUCUGUGAGCUUAUUACAGUCAAUCUUUGUCUGACGUUAGCAUGCAGAUAAUAGGCACCCUGAAGUUUUACAGUCAACAAGGUCUUCUCUCCAUUUUGAUUCCAUUAAAACCAUGACAUUAGUCUAUUUAAAUAAAGACAUGUUUUUUUUAUAUAUAUAUAUAUAUAUAUAUACAUUAAAAAUAACAAUCAAUGUGAGUUUCAUCUUGAAGGAUCCAAUUUUAAUCAGUAAAAGCAUCAAAGAGAAAGGAAAUUAAGAGUUCAUAGUUCAUCAGCAUAAUUUCAGUGGUGUAUUGAUCAUGUACUACACAUUCCUAAUAUUUAUCUGGACAAUAAAACAACUGCUAUAUGUUUUCUAUAUCUUCCUUUUCAAAGAAGGUUUGAUGCUUUUUAAAGAUAUUGUACAUGCUUUGUUUAAAACUGGAAAGGAACAUGAAGACAUGAGAAUGAUGGUCUGUUUACAUACAAAGUGCUUUGUUAAGGGUUAGUGAGGCAUUAUUAUUUUCAAACAAAACAAUUAAAGAGUAAGAUUAGUAAUUAGCCUUUACAUUGAGGCUACUUUUUAGAAAACUCCCAGCAAAACCGUGGUGUUGUUAUAUAUUAAAAAAAAAAACUGAAUCCAUUUCAAAAGAAUUCAUCUAAUGUAUGUGUUUUUUUUUUUUUUAACUAGAACUAAGAUCUUGUGAUCACCCAUUCAGUAAAAUGUAAGUGGCAAGAAGCAGUGAAGUCAUAAGACAUACUGACGGCAGUGUUCAUGAAACAAUAUCCUAAACUAUAUCCAAGAUACCAAGGUUGCAUUCCUAAACCGUUCUAUCCUGUGCUGUCGCUGGUGUGUGAAUGCUCUAUAAAUGCACCCUGAAUUGUUACAUGUGUCGCUGCUGUUUGUCAAACCUGCCUUUCAUCCCUUUCCCAGUAUAGAGAGUGAAACUCUGCGUGAUCAUAGAGCAAUCAGUCACAGAGAGUGAAAGGUGUCAUGUUUUGUUUCCAUUUCAGUCAACAACAGGUAGAAAACUACAAAGAGCACUCACACAGAUAUUUUUGGUUUCUGCACUUGGGAAGGGGUGGGGGGGGUGCUUUAUUGUUAAGGUACUUAAAAUAAAUAGUCCAAACCUGUAAAUAGGGAUAACUCAAGUUUUACGUGUUGUACCAUUAAUGCCAAUUGCAGUUACCUUUAUCUAUAUUCAUUACAUUUAACAUGUGUCCAGAGUCAGCAGCUGUGAUGUGCUGUCCAGUAAAGUUAUAACUUUAAUAAAUAGACAUUUACAAAAUACAAUCAAGAACAGGCUGGCUUAUUGUUUUGAAAUGGGGAA